AAGUCAGAUCAGUAUCAACAACUUGAGUUUACAACUCAGACCAAACUUCCCUGCUGUCGCAGACAGGACUCUCUACUCAGCAUUUUUGAAUGUUAAUUUCGUUUGCUUUAACAACAUUCGGACCAGUAUGGGCUGUGAGUUUCCUCCCGCGCUGCGGAAGAGGUUUAUUGUCGUUAUUAAACCAAACAGUGGCUAGUUUAAGCAGCUGGAGCAGCUAAUGCGGCUAAGGUCUGGUCAGCUGACUGGACUAAUCCCGACAUGUUAUUGUAAUGUUAGUGUUAGUGGAACAUGCUCAGGUGUUAGUGGAACAUGCUCAAGUGUGAGUUAGGAUGAGUUUGAGCAGGGCUGUGCUGACCGGCUGGCGUUGACGGAUCAGAGAGGUUUAUAUGUGGCGCUGAUAGAUCCGUUUUCACCUGUCAACUAGCUGCUUUCCCCCCUCCUGACCCCCCCUCCGUCUGUCCCCCCGCUGGUCUCCCUCCUCCAUGGCCCACUGCGGCUCCAGCGACCCCCCCGCCAAGCCCCCGGCCCUGGUCCCGGCCCUGGCCGGCCCGCAGGGCCCCCAGGCCGGCGUGGACCAGAGCAUGAAGCCGGUGCUGUUCGAGAUCUUCGGGGAGCUGUGGACCGUGCAGGCCCGGCUGGGCCAGGGCGUCUCGGCCUCGGUGUACCGGGUCAGCUCCGGCCGGGCCGCCACCGCCGCCGUCAAGGAGUUCCAGGCAGACCCCCAGUCCCAGGCCGGGGACUACGGAUACCAGAAGGAGCGGGCCGUGCUGGAGGACAUCCAGGGACACAAGAACAUUGUGACGCUGUACGGCGUGUUCACCAACCACAGCUGCCUGGGCGUCAGCACCCGCUGUCUCCUGCUGGAGCUGCUGGACGUCAGCGUGUCCGAGCUGCUGGUGAGACGCAACCUGGGGACGCAGGCUGGGAGACCCCAGCAGGGCCACUCCAUGUGGCUGGUCCAGCACUGCGCCAGAGACAUCCUGGAGGCCCUGGCCUUCCUUCACAAGGAAGGUUACGUACACGCUGACCUCAAACCACGCAACAUCCUCUGGAGCGCCGACGACGAGUGCUUCAAGCUCAUCGACUUCGGCCUCAGCUUCAAACAGGGGAACCAGGAUGUGAAGUACAUCCAGACGGACGGGUAUCGUGCUCCAGAGGCCGAGCUGCAGAACAGCCUGGCCCAGGCCGGGGUGGAGGGAGACUCGGGCUGCACGGCUGCUGUGGACCUGUGGAGCCUGGGCGUCAUCCUGCUGGAGAUGUUCUCAGGAAUCAAACUCAAGGAGACCGUGCGCUCACAGGAGUGGAAGGAGAACAGCGCUGCCAUCGUAGACCACAUCUUCACCAGCAACAGCCUGGUGUACCCGGCCAUCCCCGUGUAUCACCUCAGAGAUCUCAUCAAGAGCAUGCUUGUGAACUCCCCCAAACAAAGAUGCACAGCUGAAGCCGCCCUGCUGAGCCCCUUCUUCAGUAUUCCCUUCGCGCCUCACAUCGAGGAUCUGGUUCUGCUGCCUUCCCCUGUCCUGCGCCUGCUCAACCUGAUCGAUGACAGCCACCUGCACAACGAGGAAGAGUACGAAGAUAUCCUGGAGGACAUGAAGGAGGAGUGUCAGAAGUACGGCUCCGUGGUUUCUCUGCUCAUCCCAAAGGAGAACCCCGGCAAAGGACAGGUGUUUGUGGAGUACGCCAACUCCAGCGACUCCAAAGAAGCCCAGCGGCUGCUGACGGGCCGCACCUUCGACGGGAAGUUUGUGGUGGCCACGUUCUACCCUCUGAGCGCCUACAAGAGAGGUUACCUCUACCAGACUGUACAGUGAAUCCUCCGGCAGUCUGUAACCUCUGCACUGCUCUCACCAUGGAAAAUAAUACUGCAAAAGGCUCCACCAUGGAGAAAUCUUCUCCCCGUUAAAAAAAAAAGAAGAAAAAAACAGCAAAUCUUCAGUUGCGUGUGGCUGCCGUGCAGUUAAAACCAUUUCAGUUCUCAGUGGGUGUAAUCCAAAGUUCUGCAUGCUGUCCCUGUGGUUCCACAGGUGUUCUUAGUUUGAUGCAGGUUAAGUAAGCAGCUUCCCUUCUGUACGUGUCCCGUCCACCCGGUGCUUCACGGCGUACGCACCGGAACCCGUUAGCCUGUAAAUGCAUGUGUGCUGGACAGACGCCGGUGUGGAGCAGCAACACCGAAACACUGAAACACUUAAUCUCAUCACGUGUCAGGGAAACUGGGUGCAAACACGAGGAAGGUGAACUCUGGAGUUUCUGUCUAAGACCUCAAAUCUUAACAAAGGUAUCCUCAAAAAAGCCCUGUCCCUGUGAACAGAAGAUGCAACGAAAACUAGUGUCUUUGUUGUUUUUGAAGAAGUGAUUAUUCUCAUCAUUGUGUUGCUGGUGAUGUUUGGCCUUUAGAGGAAGCAGCAGAUGUUUUCAGCUGCAUCCUCUGCUCGUUUCCAGGGAGAAGUGGACGGACAGCAAGCCCAGGGCUCCCAGUACGCAGAUGUGUAGCCUCAUAUCUUUAUAUCUAAGCCUUUCAUUCUCAAGGCCUCGCGCUUGGACAAUAUUUGAAUCGCUUAUGCUUGAAUUCACCAAAGCACGUAGUACUAUUUGUGCUUCCUUUGCGACACAGAACAAAGUACAAAUUACUGAGCACAUCCUGGAAAUGAUCAAAAAUCCAUGUAGGAAUUAGCAAGUGAUCUGCAUUAUCAGUAUCUUUCUCAUUUAUUUAAUUCCCCCCCCCCCCCCUAGUUGGAAGAAAGUGUACGAGCCAAAAUAUCAAAUCUAUCAGAUGUAGUCAGGUACGUCUGGGGCUCAGCUCGCGGCCGCCGCCGCGUCGCUCUCAGUCUCCAGCCAAUCAGAGGGAGGAAUGAGGCUUUGACUGAGAGUGGAGGCUGCGGGUGUGAAACCCGGAGAGUGUUGGUGCAGGGAGAGACCACUAAACGCUCCCGCCCAGGAUCUGAAGGAUCUGAAGGGUCUGAAGGCCGUGACGGCACGAGAGCCAGCACUUGAGAUCCCUGCCAGUACGGUACAGACGCAGCUCACAGGCUUUGGAACGAUCUUCCAGUCUCUCUGCGUUCCAUGGAGUCUGUUGACUCCUUCAAAAGGCAACUAAAGACCUUUUUAUUUGUGCAGGCUUUUGCCUAAUUAUCUUGGGGCUGUUAUGAUUGUAAAUGUGUUGUCUUGGCCUUUUUAAUCUUAAAUUUGUAUGUAUCCCUUACCUGUUUUUAUUUUAACUGUGAAGCGCUCUGUGACCAUGGUCUGUGAAGAGCGCUCUACAAAUAAAGUUUACUUACUUACUUACCUGCCGUCACCAGGUGAACUGCAGCUAAAUCACUACGCGUAAACCAGGCGGAGGAUCCACACCCUCUGAAAAAUCCUCUAGAGCAGUACGGAGUCAGACGUCGCUCCAUGUAGCUCCUAUAAUGUAAUAGUUUCACCCUAUAAUGUAAUAAUUUC